AUGUAUGAAGAUCUGAUCGAAAGAUCAAGGGAUAUCACAGAUUUGUCUGUUGGGAAACUAACAACAUACAGGCGCAGUGGCUCAGCUGGAGGACCAGUCGAGGUCUUUGAAACUGAUCAGGAUCAUCUAAACCCGACCAUGGUUAGCAAGGGAACCAAGGUGAAUCGAACCUGGGGCCAUGCGCCUACAGGAACAGCAAUCAAUCCAACACUACGGUAUGAAAGUUUGGGAAGCAAACGGGCCAAAAAAGGCAAAGCCUGUUCGCGAGACAUGUCGGCCGACAUUGCUGGUAGGAAAGUGACAUCAGCCAUGAAGCGCAAAUGGAUGCAGACACGUCCACAUUACCGGAAUAGCAUGAUUGCCCAGUACAUUUCCAGACUGAAGUACCAACUGGUAAUCACCUCUUUGCAGGUUGACGGUGUGCCUGACGGAUUCCCUGACAGCUUGGAUAAUGGCGAGAAGGUCAAAGUCUGGCAGCAUUUUAAUAAUGCCUGGCCCAGUUAUCUUCAGAACAAAGAUAAGUGGCAGCAAGAAAUAGACCACAACCUGUCUGAUUUUCAGUGCCUGGUUAUCGAGUAUGUAUUGCAGAUUGGUCAGCUAGUGAACUUUGAGCCAGUGGCGGCUCACUGCGAUACCAGCAACGGCCACGUCAUUGAAACACUGGGUUUGGUGGCUAAAGUGCAUGCUCAUGAGCAGGGAAACCCUGUUGAUCUCGGAAAGGAACUCGAGGAACGCGGCAAGGGGCAAAUCAUGGUACCUAUGCAACGCCAUGCCUGGUUGAUUAGGGCAGGACGAGAUACCUUUCAUGCAGAUUUUCAAAAUACAGUACAUUUGCCGGAUCGACAGAGGGGAGCAAACAAUGCUUCAGAGAUCCAACAUUUUAAUUGUCCGUGA